AUGGCUGAAAGUACCACGGUAGAUCCUGUUUCAAUUGAUAACAAAUUUAUUCCAUGUGAAAAUUUGGAAAAAACUGAAGAAAAUAAUCAAGCAGAUGGCAAAGAAAAUGUGCAGAAUAAAGAAGAAGGUAAUAAAGAUGAAAAAGUAAAGGAAGAUAAAGUUAAAAUGUGGAAAUUAGAUAACUUUGAGAUUGGCAGAAAUCUUGGAAAGGAACAGAUAGAGAAAUUUCAAGUUCGUGUACAAAUCAAAAGAGAAAUAGAGAUUCAAUUUCAUCUUCGCCAUCCAAAUAUCCUCAGAUUGUAUGGUUAUUUUUACGAUGAUACAAGAAUUUAUCUAAUUCUUGAGUAUGCUGCCCGAGGAACUUUAUUUAACUAUCUUCAAAAACAAAAGAAAUUAGAAAAUGCUGUUGCUGCUAAAUAUCUUUAUCAAUUAACCGAUGCAUUGGAUUAUUGUCAUGGACUUGGUGUAAUUCACAGAGAUAUUAAACCAGAAAAUUUAUUAAUUACUGUGAGGGAUGACCUUAAAAUUGGUGAUUUUGGAUGGUCUGUAUAUACACCUGAUUCACGGCGUCAAACUGUUUGUGGCACUCUAGAUUAUUUGCCACCAGAAAUGAUAUCUCAAACUAACAAAAGUUAUGAUAGUAAAGUUGACCAUUGGUCUGUAGGAGUUUUAGUUUAUGAAAUGUUAGUUGGUACAGCUCCUUUCGGCGAUGCAACUACCAAAAAUACUCUAUUGAAGAUAAGUCAGGCAAGAUUUACAAUUCCUGAUUUCGUUCAUAAGAAAGCAGCUGAUGUUAUUCAAUCGUUAUUGAAGAUUGCUCCGAGCGCCAGAGCUUCACUAAGUGAUGUCAAAAAUUCUGAAUAUGUUAAGGAGUUCUACAAUAAAACUGAAUAA